AUGGAAUGUUUUAUAUGCAUGAAAUAUCAAUUAAAUUUUAAGAGCUAUAUAGGCCACUUAAAGGUUUUUCAUAAGAGCACAAAAGCCUAUAUUUGUCAUAGAUGUAAAAUUCAAAGAAAGAAAUCCAUUCAAGAAGUUAUUGACAUUUUGAAUGAUUAUGCGAAUUCUGGCAUUUUAGGUGUUGCGGAAGAAAUUAUAAUUAAGUUAUAUAAAAGUGCUAAUAUAGAAAAUACAGGCCUGUCUAUGAUAUCAGAUGUUUUUUCUAUGCUUAAAAAUAGUUUUGUGUCAAUUCUUAGUGAACAUAAAAGAAAAAAUAUUUUACGAGAUUGUGGGGAUUUAGAAAAAUAUCAGUCGAUUAUUAUAGGUGAAAGAAUUGAUAUGGUAAAUGAGGGUCGUGAGCAAUUAUUAAAAACUGUUGAUGUAAAGGCAUCAUUUAUAUCAAUAAAAAGCACUCUCAUAUCUUUAUUUCAAAGCCCCGGGGUUUUAGAUAAAAUUGAAAAUUAUGUAAAUAAUUUAAAACGUAAUUCGGAAUCUAUGAGUAAUUUAAUACAGUCCACAUUUUGGAAAAAUAAAGUUUCAAAUUUUUCUUCUACAUCAAUAGUUUAUCCAAUCAUAUUAUAUUACGACGACUUUAACACCAACAAUACACUAGGUUCUAAGUCCGAUUUAGGGAGUUUAGGGGCAGUUUACAUUUCCCUCCCUUGCAUUCCGCCCGAGUAUAACUCAAAAUUAGAUAAUAUUUUUUUGGUAAUGCUUUUUCAUAGUUUAGAUAAAAAAAGAUUUGGCAAUCGUAUUUUUCAAAAGUUGAUUGAUGAGCUUAUUGAUUUGGAAACAAACGGAAUUAAAAUUUUUGAUCAUGUAGUUUAUUUUGUACUUGCGGCUUGUAUUGGCGACAAUAAAGGACUGAACUCAUUAUUAGGCUACACAGAGUGUUUUAUGGCUAACUUUUUUUGUAGAUUUUGUAAGAUGCAUCGUAAUGAUAUAAGAAAUGCUAUUAAAGAAGACAAAGUUUUGCUACGAAAUAAAACAAACUAUGAAAACGAUUUAAGUUUGAAUGAUGUUUCAAAAACCGGGAUAACCUCAAAGUGCAUAUUUAAUCAAAUACCAAGCUACCAUGUUACUGAAAAUUUUUCUGUAGAUUUAAUGCAUGAUCUCCUAGAAGGGGUUUUAAAUUUAGAAAUUUCCUAUUUAUUAUACGACUUUAUUCAUAAAGAAAAGUUUUUCGAAUUACGUGCGCUCAACAAUAGAAUAAAUUUUUUCGAUUUUAGUUUUAAUAUGCAUAUUAAUAAACCUUCAGAAAUCAUGGAAGAACAUUUAAAAGCGAAAAAAUUACGAUAUUCUUCGUCAGAAAUUUUUUGGCUUACAAAAUAUUUAGGAAUUUUGAUAGGAGAUUUCAUACCUGACAAUAAUAAAAAGUGGGAAGUAUUUUUAGUUCUUAAACAAAUUUGUGAUAAAUUAUUUCUGUUAGCGAUAAACGACAAUUUGAUUUCUGAACUUGAAGAAUUAAUAAGCUAUCAUCAUCAGAUUUUUAUGCAAUGCUUUAGUACUCAUUUGCGACCUAAGCACCAUUAUAUGACACAUUACUGUCAUAUAAUGAAACUAAUUGGACCACUAAUUCAGUUAUGGUCUAUGAGGCACGAAGCGAAGCAUAAAGUGCUUAAAGACAUUGCGAAUUCUACCACUAGUCGUAAAAAUAUAUGCCAAACGAUAGUUGAAAGGUAUUUAUUAAGUGACAGUAACAUUAAAAAUUCAAGAUUAGAGGUUAAUGCUUAUCAGUAUGGCCGAAACCUACCUUUAAAUACUUUAAUUGCUAAUAAAUUUAAUUUAAGUCAAGUAGCUUUCUAUUCUUGGGUACAAUUUAACAGCGUAAGAUUCAAAAUAGGAUCCAUCAUAGAAAUAGGAUAUAAUAACGAAAAUUCAUAUAAAAUAUUUGGAAAAAUUUGUGACAUAAUAAUCUCCUCUGUAGAAAAUUAUAAAAAAUUUAAUGUUAAAAGCUUUUAUACAGAAUUUUAUGACUAUCAUAGACAGGCUUUUGUAGAUAGUGACGAAAAUAACGAUGACGAUGAUAAUUGUGACAAGCUAUGA